UGUUGUUCGGCGGCGGCGGCGGCGGUGGCGGCGGUAAGAUGGCUGCCCACGGGGGCUCCGCAGCUUCCUCGGCGCUGAAGGGGUUAAUUCAGCAGUUCACCGCCAUCACCGGUGCAAGUGAAAGUGUAGGAAAACAUAUGCUUGAAGCCUGCAACAAUAAUCUGGAGAUGGCAGUCACUAUGUUUUUGGAUGGUGGAGGAAUCGCUGAAGAGCCCAGUACCAGUUCAGCAAGCGUCUCCACUGUCAGACCACAUACAGAAGAAGAAGUUCGUGCCCCAAUUCCUCAAAAGCAGGAAAUAUUGGUGGAACCAGAACCUUUGUUUGGUGCUCCUAAAAGACGACGACCUGCCCGCUCAAUAUUUGAUGGUUUCCGGGAUUUUCAAACUGAAACUAUUCGGCAAGAACAGGAGCUAAGAAAUGGAGGAGCAAUAGAUAAAAAACUAACUACCCUUGCAGAUUUGUUCCGGCCACCCAUUGACUUGAUGCAUAAAGGCAGCUUUGAAACAGCCAAAGAGUGUGGCCAGAUGCAGAAUAAGUGGCUGAUGAUAAAUAUUCAAAAUGUACAAGAUUUUGCAUGCCAAUGUCUCAACCGAGAUGUAUGGAGCAAUGAAGCUGUGAAGAAUAUUAUCCGGGAGCAUUUCAUUUUCUGGCAGGUUUAUCAUGACAGUGAGGAAGGUCAGAGAUACAUACAGUUCUAUAAACUAGGGGAUUUCCCCUAUGUUUCCAUCUUGGACCCACGGACAGGUCAGAAGCUAGUAGAGUGGCACCAAUUAGAUGUAUCGUCUUUCUUGGACCAAGUCACGGGAUUUUUGGGUGAACAUGGGCAGUUGGAUGGACUUUCUAGCAGUCCCCCCAAAAAAUGUUCCCGAUCAGAGAGCCUUAUAGAUGCAAGUGAAGACAGCCAGCUAGAAGCUGCCAUCAGAGCCUCCUUGCAAGAAACACAUUUCGAUUCAACACAGACAAAACAGGAUAGCCGUUCAGAUGAAGAAUCUGAAUCUGAACUUUUUUCUGGCAGUGAGGAGUUCAUAUCCAUUUGUGGCUCUGAUGAAGAAGAGGAGAUAGAGAAUCUUGCCAAAUCCAGAAAGUCUCCCCACAAGGAUUUGGGGCAUAGAAAAGAAGAGAAUAGAAGACUACUGACUGAGCCCCCUGCUAGAACUGAGCCUGGAACAACCACAAAUCACCAGGGAUUGCCAGCUGUGGAUCCAGAGAUUUUGGAGAUGUCACCUGAAAAAUCUGAUGGAGUAGUGGAGGGAAUAGAUGUUAAUGGACCAAAAGCACAGCUGAUGUUGCGGUACCCAGAUGGAAAAAGGGAACAGAUCACUCUCCCAGAGCAAGCUAAACUGCUAGCUUUGGUGAAGCACGUCCAGUCUAAAGGAUAUCCAAAUGAACGUUUUGAACUUCUCACCAACUUCCCUCGAAGAAAACUUUCUCAUUUGGACUAUGAUAUUACAUUACAAGAGGCAGGGCUUUGUCCUCAAGAGACUGUCUUUGUACAGGAAAGAAAUUAACACCAUGGCCUGACCUCUCUCAGCUUACCCCUUUUUUCCCUUUUCCUGUGAGAUACCAUGUCACUAAGUAUGCAUUUUGGCUCAUAGGACCAUAGAGUCAAAGUUGGCAAACAAGUCACCUGCCUUCUCUUUUAUUUCUUGUUCUCACCUGUAAUCAGUCUCUUUCUCCCUCCCCACUUUUUUCCUCCCCCAUUCUCUUAUUUUUCCCAUGUCCUUUCUUUCUUACCUAAUCUGGUGACCAAAUGGAAGUGUAUGGAUAAAUCUCUCCUAGUACUGGCAGCAGGAAAUGUGUGUGUCAGUAAGUGAUCUCCUGCACAGCACUUUUUCGGGAUCAAAUGAUACUACUUCUGAGACUUCUUUGACAAAGAAUGGCUGGAUGCAGAAUAAGAACAACCUCUCUUUUUUUGUAAGCCCCCAUUUGCAGUAAGAAGAACUUCUCAACCAAUUUUUGUUGUUGUUGUUCUUCUUCUUCAUGUAGGAAAUAGCACGAAACAAAACAUCCAAGCUUUUGUUUACAUGGAAAAAGCACCAUAAUUAUUGCUGAUCAUAUUUGAAUUUUUUCCCCCAAAGAAUUCACAUUUUUCCCAUUUAUAAGAGCUAUUUCCAUGAUACGUGUUAGUAGAAAAAUGAGUGUUCAGUUUAGGAUAUGUAGCAUGGGGUUGCUUUCAGUGGCCUAGCCUGAGACAGCUUUCUUCAUUACUACUGUGUUAUAUUGAUCCUGCUAGUCCUAGAAUGGACAUUUAGUGAGCAUAUUGUAGUGACCGGGAUAGGAAGGUGCUUGCCGUUUUUGCUAGUACAGCAUAUUAGUUCCUUUGGCUCAUCCAUUGUCUGGGUCCACAGCAAUCUGUAGGAAGGCAGCUAUUCAAUAAUCAUGCAGUACAAUGGCUUGUAAUUGUAACCCCUGUGGUUAUGAAUUGUCCUAUGUGCUUAAGGCAUACUUAGGUAUGUCCCAGGGUAAAAGAAAACUACGCAGCUGAGAGUUGCUAACCAUGUUCCUUUGGUUAUAAAUAAUGAUUCUUUUUUUUUUUUUUUUUUUACCCCUGGUUGGAGUAAAAAAGGCUCUGGUGACUGACCAGCCUUUAAUUCCUCAUAGUUUUCUUUCAAAAGAUAUCAAAACUGAAAGUCUCCAAAAGGAAGACCUUUAAGCUAAAUUCUUUAAAAGACAACAUUUUAGUAAGGGAUGCUGAGGGUUGCCAGUGAUCUUCAGAUGUUGUGGUGUUUUUCUGACAACAAAAGCCACAUUCAAAUUGUAGUUAGUGAAAACUUCUUUCAGUAUUAUUUAGAAAAAGCCAUCUUGAAUCUAUAUAAUACUGUUUACUUAUCAGCUUCACUAUAUGCUCAAUUCUUCCUUUGAGCUUUAUGUAAAGUCUUCUGACAGGAUAGUAGUARUCUGGUGGCAAAAUCAGAACUGGUUAUAAAACCAUUUAUAUAGAAUGACCUGUUUUGUCMUUUGGGGUUUGAAUUGAUUCUUCUACUUGAGGAACAAAUGGUAAAUUGCUAUUGCUCAGAGACCUUUUAGGUUCCCAUUUACUUUAAGAUCACUCUCUUGGCAACUAA